GCUAUGAGCUGUCUCAUCCAUUGCUAAUAGAGUUGUGUUUCUGAGUCUAUAAACAACAAUUCUGAGAGAGUUGUGUUUCAUCACCAAAAUCACUCUUCAGUCGUAGAACAAAUAUACAUCACCUCUGAUCUAAUUAAUGGAAGGUGGACAAAAGGGAAACUCAUUACAAGAUAUGAAGCUUUUGUUCGUUGAGAUGGGUGUUGGCUAUGACCUUCAUGGUCAGGACAUAACAGCUGCUGCAAUGAGAGCAUGCAGAGAUGCAAUUGCUACCAAUUCAAUUCCUGCUUUCCGUAAAGGUAGCAUCCCUGGUGUUACAUCUGAUCACAUGAAAUUACAUGUCAAACUUGGGGUGCCUCAUCCUCUACAACAAAACUUGGAUAUGGAUAAAGUUAAGACCGUGUUUCCAUAUGGGCAAAUUAUGAACUUUGAAGUAGUAGAUGGUGGACUCGUGUGCUCAACUGAAGAAAUGGCUGAAAAGAACGAUGAUUGCUACGUUGUUAAUGCUGCUGUAUAUGUUGGUUACUAGGUUUUUCGUAUAGUUUCCCUCAUUAUGGAAUCUUUGUAUGGGUUGGUGCUUCAGUAAAGCUACAAUGAGAAGUAUUUGCAUUUCAACUUUUAUGUAUUUAAUUAAUACGUAGCUGUAUUCUCCUUUCAUUGUUUUUGUUUCGGCAUGAACGUACUUUUGUAACUUAUAUACGGUUUUGUUCACUGUUUGGUUUGUAAUAAUCACCUAUCGCAGAAUCGCGAGACUUUAUUUGUUA